CCUCCCUGCAUGAGCUGAACAUGUUUUAGCGAAGAGAUGUAUUUCUUUUUUCCCAGAUCCAUCAUGGGAGGGGAAUUUCUCUUUUGCACUACCCCGAGGGUCAGCAUAUUAACAUCCUCUCUACCGUUAGUGCCAACCAAAUAGAUUUGCCAUUUAACUCGCUUUCUAUCUCUCUCCUCCCCCACCACACCUACAACCACCUAACUACGAUUGCUAUGGUAGGCACAUCACAACCAAAUGGGCCUAGUCACCAGCCUCAAAACUUUGACAAGACUCUGAAUUGCCCCGCACCAUGGUUGCUGGGUGUUCGUUCCUCCCGGGAGUUUGUUACCUGGGUGGUGGCCAUUGCGGUUUUUACUGACGUCUUUAUAUAUGGCAUGGUUGUCCCCAUCCUGCCCCAAGUGCUAAAGACCAGAGUAGUGGUCCCAAACGACCAAUUGCAGCAAUGGAUGUCAAUCCUUCUCGCCGCAUACGGCGGUGCCCUCUUAAUUGGAUCUCCGAUCUUCGGAUAUUUCGCGGAUAGAACUUCCUCUCGGCAAGCUCCUUUCCUCUUUGGUCUGCUCGCUCUAGGUGGAUCAACCGUGAUGUUCUGGGUAGCUCGAACCUUAAGCUCGCUUGUUGUGGCGCGGGUUCUUCAGGGCCUUUCUGCAGCUGUGGUUUGGACCGUUGGUAUGGCGCUUAUUGUUGAUACAGUGGGCCAGGACCAGGCUGGGAAAGCAAUGGGAUAUGUCUCGAUGGCGAUGACGCUAGGAACUGUGUUCGGUCCGUUUCUGGGAGGUGUUCUGUUAUCCAAGACAGGGUAUCACUCGGUAUUCGUCGUGGCAAUGGCUCUGAUUGUGCUAGAUAUCAUUCUUCGCCUGGUGAUGGUUGAGCACAAGACCGCGUCCAAAUGGGUACAGACCCCAACUGUAGAAGAGGAGGGGCUUUUGGGCAGAAUGGAGGAUCAAGAGCGGGCGUAUGAGGCGGCAAGCACCAAUACCAGCAAGCCUACUCCACAUGAAGACACUGCUGAACCCUUAUUCAGUAAGGGAAGCACGCGUAUCCCGGGAAUCAUUCGUCUCCUCUGUUCCGGCAGGUUACUCGUUGUUCUGCAGGCCACUGUGGUCGAGGCUAUAGCCUACUCCUCUUUUGACACAGUCCUACCUUUGUACGUUAUGGAUAUCUUCCACUGGGGCCCCAUGGGCAUAGGGCUCUGCUUCCUACCGCUGUUCACACCGUCCUUUACAUCCACAUAUAUAGGCGCAGCAGUCGACCACUACGGCGCCCGCCAAAUCGCCUUUCUGGGUUUCCUCCUCGACAUUCCCACUUUCCUCCUAUUACAACUCGUAACCCAGAACACCACCCGCGACCAACUCACCUUGUUUAUCCUCCUCUUCCUCGCAGGGCUAGCCUCAACUCUGAAGGUUGUCUCGCUCAUGGUGGAAGUCAGUCGCAUCGUCGAACAAAGGGAGAAAGAAAUUCCUGGGAUCUUUGGCAAACAGGGCGGCACAGCCCAAGCUUAUGGGUUGUUCAAUGUUGCUUGGUCGGGGGGGCAGGUGUUAGGGCCGUUGCUCGCUGGGUUUUUAGUUGACUGGGCCGGGUGGGGGACGAUGGUGAGUGUAUUUGCGGCGGGGAGUGGGGUGACGGCAGUGGUUUUGUGGGUUUCCGCCAGGGGAUGAAUUGAGUUGAGUUGUCUCACUUGGUUAUGCCCGUCCUCUCGGAUCCAUGCGUGGAGACGGAGAAGUAAACGGGAACUGUUCGUCGAUAUAUACUGGGUAGAUCUACCAGGAUACCUACCUAGUUCAUAGAUCAUAGAUAGACAGAUAGACAUUUCAUUCUGUAUCGCAUCGAUAU